UAACUGCUUCGUGUAACGUCCGACCGCCGCGGCCAUGAGCAAGAUCCGCGUCGUUGUCCGGGUGCGGCCUCCGCUGCCAUCCGAGAAAGCCCAUACGACAGGGACGUUGGUGGCCGACCCAACGACCAAAACAGUUCGGAUCGCGUCCGACGCCACGAAAUCGUUUGCAUUUGACCAAGUGUACACUUCGUCCACGUCGCAGGACGCGCUGUUCGACGGCACCGGCAUCGCGGCCAUGCUCAAGAGCGUGUUGGACGGUUUUCACGCGACCAUCUUUGCUUAUGGUCAAACCGGGUCCGGCAAGACGUUCACGAUGGAAGGGUACGAGUACGAGAAAAACCCGCUCCGGUCGACCACGGACCGCGUCCAAGCCAAACCCAACGUCGACGUAACGACCAGUCGACUCGGGAUCGUGCCGCGCGUGAUCUCGGGUCUGUUUGAUGCGAUCGCGGCAGCGUCGCUGAAUACGAAGCGCGAGUACAGUGUCCAGUGUUCGUUUGUCCAAAUUUACAACGAGCAGAUUUUGGACCUCCUGAAUCCCUCGACGUUGCAACGAGCCAAACCGCUGCGGCUGCGGUGGGCGUCCAACGAAGAGUUUUACGUCGAGAACUUGGUCAUGGCAGCGUGCAGCUCGGCGAACGAGAUGUUCGCGCGAUUCCACGACGGUGUCAAGCAAAAGAUCAUGGCGACGCACAACUUGAACGCGGCUUCGUCCAGGUCGCACUGCAUCUACACGCUGUACGUGGAGAGUAUGGACCCAGCCAACCCUGACGACGUCAUCAAAGCCAAGCUGUCCCUCGUUGACUUGGCGGGGUCGGAACGCGUCGUCAAGACGGGGGCGACAGGGGUCACGCUGCAAGAGUCGAUCGGCAUCAACAAGUCGCUGUUCGUUCUGCGCCAGGUCAUUCAAACCCUUAGCGACGAGUCCACGAAGCCGACGGGCGACGCCAAACUGGCCCACGUGCCAUACCGAGACUCCAAGCUGACGGCAUUGCUCAAACACAGUCUCGGAGGCAACAGCAUCACGCUCAUGAUCGCAUGCCUUUCGCCAUGCGAUGCGUACGUGGACGAGAACGUCAGUACCCUUGUGUAUGCAGCGAAAGCUCAGGCCAUCUCAAACAAACCCGUCAAGAACGAAGACCCCAAGAUCCAGCUCAUUCAAAAGCUUCGUGCAGAAAUUGCUAGCCUCAAAGCGCAAUUGGCCCAGGCGCAGCAAGUGAUUCUCCACAUGGGCGAGCUUGGUGCAGCGCAGGAAGGUUCCAAUGACAAAACAGUUCCAGACAAACGCGGCGCUCCUCCGGCCAGUCACGACAAUGACCUCACGUCGAUACAACCUCCCACAGCGACACAAGCCUCAGAAACCCCAGGGCAUUGCAUUCCACGACCGCCACCCAACAACCAAACGGAAGCAGCCAUCCCUCCGUUGCCUCCGUCCGUCAGCUCAGUGGCGCCGCCGGCAGCCCUCAUCGCCGCUGGCGACAAACAGCUCAAGUUGAACGUGAUUGACAACGUUCAAUUCAUCAAGAGCAUUUAUGAGAACGAGCGCCACCUCCGCUCAGAAGUCGACACCGUCACGCAAGCGAUGAAUGCUCUGCGGACUGAAAACCGUUGCCUCAACUUGGAAAACCAGUCUUUGCGCGAGCGCAUCGAAGUGCUCGAGUACUUGGUCGUGGGAAAAGGCCCCGAAGACGACUGCGUCGUCGACCUCGUGCCUCCUCGUCAGGACCGCAUCGAUGAUGUCAUGAGAAGAUGCAUGAAGCCGAUCCGAUCCCAAGGAGCUCUACGGCCUGCCACGACACAAGAAGCAGCUCCCACCGCCACCAAUGCCUCCGAGAAGAAGCGUGAAACUGGAAUGCUUUCGAUCAGCGAGCUGCGCCAUCUGCUUCACAACAAGAGCGACGACAAAGGGAGCAAGAAGCGAAGCAGAGUCGCCCCACCGCCACAGCCGGUGGCACCCCAUCGUGCUCCACCCGUUGUCGAGCAUCCAGUUGCAGCGCUAUUGACUACACUCGAGACUCAAGGGAACAACUCUGCGCUAGAGCAAGACUCGCUCCAGUCCCUCUCGGAGCUCAAUCGGUUGCUCAAGGUGAAGGCCGCGCUCAAGCACGCCAGCAAUUCGCGCUGAUUCGUCGUUUGGUGGAAAUUCGCAAAAUAUUAAGAGCCCAAUGAUGAAACUCGACC